UUCAAACGUGAACCACUUCCUUCUACUAUUUGGUGGGGGAAGGAAGCCGGCGGGUGUCACAGUACAGAAGUAAGUAGCCAUCUCGCCUUAACUGCUGACUUGUAGCUUUAAAAGGAAGUGACAUGUAGUGGGGAGAGACGUCAGCUGAGAACCACUUUUUUUUUUUUUUUAAUGACCCACCCGAGGGUGGAGUCUGGCUUUCUUUCCAGUGUUGGCUGACUUACAGCUCAUGCAAACUAGUGGGAAUUUCUGAGUCUCAGCCUCUCUCUCCCUUUCUGUUUCUGCUUUCUAAGCACACAUGUCAAGGUCCGGCAGGUACAAGGGGUGAAGGUAUUGCCUAAGAAUUUCUGCAGGAUGUCUGACUGCAAUACAUCUUUGGAAUAUGAGGCAAGCUUUCCUGUUUAGGAGUAUCACAGAGCUUCUAGUGCUGCACCCACUGAGACUAUCUUCUGAAUUCCUGGAUUUUCUCUUUCUGGCAGUUACCCUUCCAUUCUUAAAGAACCAUGGACAUCAUUGGCUUUCUGAAGUCUCAGUUCAUUUGCCACCUUCUUAUCUGCUACAUAUUUAUAGUGUCCGGACUGAUGAUUAACUUCAUUCAGCUCUUCACACUUGUCCUCUGGCCAGUCAACAAGCAGCUUUUCAGGAAGAUCAAUUGCAGACUGGCUUACUGCAUUUCAAGCCAAAUGGUGAUGUUGCUGGAAUGGUGGUCAGGCACUGAUUGCACCCUCUACACUGACCCAGAGAAUUACCACAAGUACGGGAAAGAGAAUGCCAUCGUAAUCCUUAAUCACAACUAUGAAAUCGACUUUCUGUGUGGUUGGAACUUUUGUGAAAGAUUUGGGGUUUUAGGGAGUUCCAAAGUGCUUGCAAAAAAGGAACUUUCUUAUGUGCCUAUCAUUGGUUGGAUGUGGUAUUUCCUAGAGAUAGUCUUCUGCAAGCGUAAAUGGGAGGAAGAUCGGAAAAUUGUCAUGCAGAGCUUGCUCAAUAUCCGGGAUUACCCUGAAAAUUUUUGGUUCUUGAUACACUGUGAGGGCACGAGAUUCACAGAGCAGAAGCACCAAAUCAGCAUGCAGGUUGCUGAAGCCAAAGGCCUGCCUAAGCUCAAGUAUCAUCUGCUGCCCCGGACAAAGGGAUUUGCUGUCACCGUGCAAUGUUUGAGAAAUGUAGUUUCAGCUGUGUAUGAUUCUACGCUCAAUUUUAGAAAUAAUGAGAAUCCAACUUUGCUGGGAGUUUUAAAUGGGAAGAAAUACCAUGCAGAUUUAUAUGUAAGACGGAUUCCAUUAGAGGAAGUCCCAGAAGAUGAACAGGAAUGUUCUAAGUGGCUUCACAAGCUCUAUCAAGAAAAGGAUGCCUUUCAAGAAGAAUACUACCGAACAGGAACCUAUCCAGCUACUCCCAUAGUGCCACCUCGGCGGCCAUGGACUCUUUUGAACUGGCUUUUCUGGGCCUUAUUGCUGCUAUAUCCUUUAUUCCAGCUGCUUAUCAACAUGGUCAGCAGUGGAUCAUCACUGACGCUGGCUAGUUUUGCUUUUGUCAUCAUUGUGGCUUCUGUUGGUGUCCGAUGGAUGAUAGGGGUGACUGAAAUUAACAAGGGCUCUACCUAUGGCAACAAUGACAACAAGCAGAAACAAAUGUAAUAUCUCCAGAGACUGCUUCAAUCCAGCGGGAACAAAUGCAACUUCUGAAAACUCUUUACUUGCACAUCAUGCUCCUUCAAGUGAGGGUGGGGGUGAGCGUAACUGAAUUUGUGCUCCCAUUUUGUUUCCUUGGAGCUGGGGCUAGAUUUCAGACUCGCUGAAAGGUGUUCUGCAUCUCACCUCUCCAAAACAGGUUGGCCUUUGUUUGUUGGUUUUCAUAUGAAGUGUCUUAUAUUUGGAAGAAAAAAAAAAUCUAGUGUGAUAUAAGCCGUUGACUGUGCAGGGAUGCAGGUUUUUCUUAACAUGCUGUCAGGAAUGGAUCAUAAAUGGGGGUAUAAGAAAAUUAAAAUGGAAAUUUUGUAUGUCUAGAUCAUGUUAAUGACCAUAAUCUGUUAGUUCAAUAUACUUUGCUCAAUUAAAGAAAUGACAAAUUGAACCAAGCCCUCUGCAGAAAACAGGUCUCAGCAGAGCUAUUCCAAUAUUGGUCCUAAUUGUACAAUGAGAUCCACUCAGUCCCUGCACCUAUUAACUUGAAGGGGACGGAGUAUGAGGGUCUGUCCCUCCAGCUCAAACUGCAAGAGUAGGGUCUUCGUGAUGUAACUGGUGGUAGAAUUUGGCCCAGUGAAUUUUGAACAGAGCCGUGGUGUUGAGACAUGACAAAUGUACCUACCCCACCACCGUUCCUUACAAUUACUAAGCAGUUUGGGAUUAGCUUCAGAGCACUGAUGUACGCAAUGAUUAGACUGAAUGCUGUUUACAUUUUGGGAGAAGUAAUAAAAUCAUUUUUAGCUUACAAAAUACUUAUACAUAUGGGCCUUCAUACAGUGGUAGGAAAGAAAAGCAGCUGUAUGUCCUUCAACAAAACAAGGUUGGGGAAUCAUUUGCUUUUGUCUCUUCUGAGAAAUAACUACACUUAGCCUCAGAGGGUGCAGCUUAAGAUAACUUGAAGCUAGAUGAUUUCCUUAGGUGUUAAUUUUUUCUGGGCAUGCCUUCCAGUUCACAGUCCUGCAGAGUUGAUCUAGUUUCCAGUGACAAAACCUUACUGCCUGUAGCGAUUCCAGUCCCCUGCCCUUUGGAAAGAAUUCUGUCCUUCAUUAAGCGAGGCUUGUUUUUAUAUCCUAGCUCUGCUGCCUUUGUGCCCUCUUGGUUUUUAAACAUCAUAACCUGUGGAAAUCGCCUCCUUUAAAAAGUUUUUUGUAACCAGUGAAUACCUAAAGGUCACUAUUCACUUGUUCUUCUCCUAGAUUUUGGCAUAGUGCAUUUCACCAAGCCACAGCUUCCAUCUGUAUUUGGGAAUUUAGUGAAAGCUUCUCAAGCAGGUUUAUUUGUACCAGCUAAGAGUGCAGUGGGAUACUCAAAGAAACAGGGCUAACAGUGCAAAGAAAUCCAUGAACAAGGUAUUUGCUGUUCAGUAGCUGAAAUGUUACUUAAGAGAGCAGAGAUGAAUAUUUCUAACUUAAUGAGGGGGCAGGUAGUGCUAUUUUUUAGUAGAGGGGCAGUUGCAAGGAAUGGGUUUGAAACUCAUGGCUGUUAGUCUGAAGGAAGGAGUCUGAGGCAGAUUGAUUUUGCUGGCAUCUAAUUGCUGAGACUUCAGGGUUUCCUGCCCACACAGCCUUAACUAGCUCUUAGUGGGAAAGGGUCUUUUAAACUCACUGCUAAGGCUAGCCUAUUCCUUCCAGAUUCUCAAUAUUCAGUGAAAUGAAGGUGAACUUUAGGUGAACAAAGACGACAUGACUGCAGGCUUCCUUUGGCCUUUUCUACAUUAUAGAAUGGAGUAACUUCCUUGGAGAUAUUGAGAAUAAAGGCUGCUCCCAUGCUUUUGCCACAGUACGUUACUGGUGUAAAGAAGGAGAACAGAACUAACUGGAACGCUCCACCAAGGGAGAAACACAGCCCAGUACAGUACUGUACAGAAACUCCUUAGGGGAUGGCUUGACAUGAAGGGGACUGCUGACACCACCACCCAUAAUCCUGCACAGCCUGUCCCUGUCAUUUUGAAAGUGAAGGCAGGAAGGGAAAACUCUGUUUAAGCCAGUUUACUGGUGCAGAUAAAGUGUAUGGUUUGGUAAAGUAGGGGGAGGGUCUUUUUCAACUGGGGCUCACUGCUGAACAGCAAAUGUGUAUUAGUUCAGAGGCACACAUCCCUUGUAUUUAUUUUAAUGUUAAUAUGAAAAUGUUUAUGUAAUUGUGGAGUGUUUGUUCGUACAUAUCAAUUAUUCUGAGUGAGAGAAUUAAAAUAGAUUAGAUUAGGCUAAAGCACUUAAAUCUGUCUCUUUCAUUCCAUGCACUCCCAGAAGUCCCAUUGCUUUAACUGGGAAUUUUAGAUGCACAAGGAAUGUAGGAUUGGACCUUCCAAAACUCUACAUAAGUGAUUAUCCUGCCCUUGCUGCUGAAAUCAGCAUUGUACCUCUUGUGGCUUUGCUGGAAUGCCUGUAAAAGGUACUUGCCAAAAUUAAAAAGUCUGGUUUAUUGUAUUAAAAGAAUGACAUAUUGUCUUGUUAGACAUCAGUGUUCACUUCCCCUCCCCUGAGCAACUUAUGUUUUACAAUUGCCUUAACAAAAGUAGUCUUAAGUUUGUUUAUACAAAAAAAAUAAAGAGUUAGAGUGCAAAACUUGUCUUUGAAAUGCAAGGAAUUUUUAAUGCAACUGCUACCAAACACACUCUAGCUGAGGGUUGCUUCAACAGCCUGGGAAGGAAAAUGUGAAGGCUGUUAAAGUGAAGCGAAAUACAUUUUCUUUUGUUUGUGUUUUUCAAAACACCUCUAUGAGCUUCAGGUGGGUAGUGUGACUUUAUAGGCUGUCCUAUUGUUUGGUCUUCACUGAUGUUUCAAUCCAGCUGUGGACACUGCACCACUGGCCUGUUUAAAAGGUAUAUGUUUAGAGUUGAUUGGCAAAUGUGGAGGGUUUUUUUUUAUUAGGUUACACAACUGGCUUUUCUGGGCUAAGGAGCAGAUUAAAGAAUGUAAAACUCUACCUCCUGUAUCACACUCAAGGAAGCAGAGCAGCCAAAAUGUGAACUUCCCAUAGCCCUAGUUGGUUGUGGAGAAAUGUUUCAAAACUAUGUUAGGAAAAUCUUUGAGGUGGUCUUUUUCAGGUGACCGCUCCACUAUAGCGGUUGACUAUCCUCAGAUGCAACAGACUUGUAAAAUGUCUGCUCUCUAUAUUGGAUCCUAGUGCAUCUGGAUCUUUCUUCCCUUUUGUCAUUUAUAUGCAAUCUUGCCUGAUUAAUGUACUGUGUCUUGAGACCCUACAUAACUUUCUGCAGUCAUUGUGCUUUUUUUAAAAAUUAAUCUCUCUUAUUAUUCACACUUCUGGUUAUGCAGCAUCACCAAAGCUCAAAUCCUCCACUGGAAGUAUCCAGGUCUCUCAGCCCUACAGGAGGGUUGACUUGAACAGCUUGCAAAAACUGCACUGUUGUCAAAUUAAACUACACAUCUGUGUUAAUCUCCCUAAAUAGGGGAAACUAGACACGAACAAUCAAGAGAUGGCUACAUCAUUCACUUGUUUCACCACUUGACCAUCGUGAUACAGCUGUUGCACACCAUACCUUGCUGUGUUGACUUUGUUUUCCUAACAUUGAUCAGCAUUCUAUAUUUCUUGCUGGCAGUCACAAGUAUGUUCUGAAAUUCAAUGCAAACUAGGAGUUUGUUGGUGUAUCUUACACUAAGCGGGGCCAAACAUCAGUGGUCUUCUAAAUAUGUUAGAUAGGCAGCAAGCCUUCAUAUGUGAUGAAGGCUGUUCGACUAUCAUGAUCUGUGGAUACACUCAGGGGGAGAUGUUGCUGCCUCUGGGAAGAUUAGCCAGAGGGGGUACAAGAAGUCAAAAAUUAGGUGAUCACUGACAUUUCAGAGACCCAUACAUAUAUCAGGAGGUAGUAUGCUGCUUUUUAAGAGCACAGAAAGAAAAUCCAGGACCUCCUGAAUGAAAGGAAAUGCCCCACAUUCUGGUAAAAGAUUGCUCUUAUGUUCCACACUACUGAGUUCUAAGGUUUUAAAAAGUACUUGUAGGAACCCCACCUAUGUGAUUUGUGCCAAAAGCUCUAGUGAUUUUUUUCCUCACUGCAGAUGCUGUGUACUUGCAAAAAUGCACUGGCCAUAUUGAACACAGCUGUAACCACUGAACAGUUCAUACUUCCUUCACAAGCAGCAUGAGGGGUAAAAACCUUAACUACUCUUGCUUGCAUGUUGAUGAACUCAACAGGCAUUUGUAAGAGUAACUUAUCCAGAAGAACUCACUGGCACAGAAGGCUGUGAUUUUAGUCCAUGCUUUGUUGCUUCUCAAAUGCUUCAGGGUGGAUUUUUAUCCCAGAAUGUCUUGGGUUUGUUAUAUAUAUUGGCAUCUUCAACCAUGGAGAGAGAACUGCACAAAAAACUUCCUAAAAUAAACCAUUUAUUGAGAAAAA